GAUCUUAAUUUAUGUGAAACUGUUUACCUUAGCCCAAAACUUCACUGUUUUGGUUUCUUUAGGAUUGAGCUGCCUUCUACCUGCAGUCUUCACCCACUGAAAGUGCAGAGCUUGAGCAGCAGCAGCAGCAGAGAGAGAGAGAUGGUGAAAGUGUCCCUGCACAAUUGAAAGUAAAGUGAGAUAUGGCCAUGGAAUUUGUAUCAUCCAUCUUAGUAGAAAUUGGAAAAUGCUUGCUGGGACCAGUGUUCGAAGCSGUUGGGCAGCGUGUUAAUAAUGUGGUUAAGGUGAAGGAAAACAUUGAGMAGCUCAGGAAGCAAGUCCGUGAACUGGAGAAAACGAAAGAAUCCGUUGAAAAGUUGAUAAAGAAAGCAGAGAGGAAGGGAGAAGACAUCAAGGAUAAUGUUACGAAAUGGCUUGAAGAUGUGAUGUCUAUUAUAGAUGAAACAAAUAGUUUCAUUGAUAAUGAAAUUAAGGAGAAUGGCAGUUGCUUCAAGGGCUUGUAUCCUAACUGUGGCUCACGCUACCAAUUAAGUAAGAAAGCAGGGGAGAAGAUGAAACGCAUUAAAGAGCUUCAAGAAGGUGGCAGGUUUGAUGUUGUAUCUGAUCCAGCUCCUCCUCUUGGUAUAGAAUUCAUGUGUGAUAGAGAUUUUCAGAUGUUUAAGUCCAGAGAGUCAGCAAUAAAGGAAAUCAGAGAGGCACUGAAAGAUGAAAAUGUCCAUGUCAUUGGGAUUUAUGGGAUGGGUGGUGUGGGAAAAACAACUCUGGUGACGGAAAUUGGCAAACAAGUGGAGAAGGAGAAGCUUUUUGACAAGGUCGUGAUGGCUGUGGUGUCCCAAGAUCCAUACUUGAAACAGAUUCAAGGUGAGAUUGCAAGGAUGUUACCCUUAGAAUUUGAAGAAAAAGAAAAUGUACUGGAAAGAGCACAGAAGCUAUCGAGAAAGUUGCAAAAGGAGAAGAGUAUUCUUAUUAUCUUAGAUGAUAUGUGGAAAAACUUAGAUUUGAAGCAAUUGGGGAUCCUUUUGGAUUUGGAUGACAACAAACAGAGGGAGAGGAGGGGGUGCUGCAAAAUCCUACUCACAACCCGAAGCAAAGAUGUAUGCGAUGUGAUGGUGGAGAGGAACGCAAUUAUUCGGCUUGACAUCUUAUCAGAAGAGGAAGCUUGGGGUUUGUUUAAAAGGAAAGUGGGUGAUGGGGUGGAACAGGGAGAUUUUCAUAAUGUGGCAAGGGAGGUGGUUAAGGAGUGCAAGGGUUUGCCUGUAGCAAUUGUAACAGUUGCUGGAGCACUAAGACACAAGAAAGAUUUACAAGAAUGGAAGGAUGCAUUGGAGGGACUUAAAAGGGUUGAACCUCAGUCUGUGCAGGGAAUGGACCAACAAGUGUACACAUGUGUGAGAUGGAGUUUCGAUUAUCUGGACGAUGUGGAAACCCAACGCUUCUUCUUGUAUUGUUGUCUGUUUCCUGAGGAUUAUGAGAUUGAAAUAGAGGAAAUGAUGUGGUAUUGUUUUGGAGCGGGAGUAUUUGAAAAUGUUGAAACAAUUGAAGAUGCAAGACGCAAAACCCGUAGGAUUGUGAAUAAGCUCAAAGCGUCUUCUCUGUUGUUGCAAGGAGAGAGCCAGGAUUUCAUCAAAAUGCAUGAUAUAGUUCGUGAUGUGGCCAUCUCAAUCGUAUCACGGCGUGUUGCUGUUGGUAAUAGAUCUCAUCAUGAUGAACUAUUCAUGGUCAGAGCUGGUAAAGGACUGACGGAGUGGCCAAGAAUGGAAUCCGGCAUUAUCAAAGCUGCAGCAGGUUACACAGCCAUCUCGUUGAUGAAUAAUGAUAUACAAAAGCUGCCUGCAGCUGAUGGAUUAUUGGAAUCAUCAUCUUCAGGGCGGCUAAGGACUUUGUUGUUGCAAAAGUAUUUCAGAAGUAGUUCAAAAUUGGAAAUUCCAAAUACUUUCUUUGGAGGGGUGAUCAAAUCACUUACAACACUGGAUCUGAGUAAUAAUAUCAUUGGUCCCAGCAACCUAUCAUCGAUCCAGUGCUUGACAAAUCUCCUUACGUUAAAUCUACAAGGAUGCAGGGGGUUACAACAAGAGAUAUCUGUACUUGGAUCUUUGAACCAACUUGUGAUUCUCCGACUAAAUAGAUGUAAUCUGGAAAGGUUGCCGCCGGAUAUGGCACGGUUAACCAAUCUAAGGGUGCUGGAUUUAUCAGACAAUAAAGGUCUGAUUAUACCACCCAAUGUGAUAUCAAGCUGGUCCCAUCUGGAAGAACUAUACCUGUUUGGGAGCUUUUGCGAGUGGGAGCAGGUUCAAGGAAUCAGAACGGGAGAAGAGCAGAGAGCAGCAGCUAGUUUGGCAGAGUUGAAAUCAUUGCAUGGCCUCACCACUCUAGAGGUAAUGGUAGAGGUAAAAAAUUCUUCCAAAAGUUUGCGAGAUGGUUUUGUUUUCCAAGACCUGAAAAGAUUUUUUAUAGUGAUGCAUGGUGAUGAUGGUACUAUGAAUUAUGAUUUUGAUUGGAUGACUGGCAUUUCAGAUUAUUAUAGAACAAACAGCCCAGUAAAUUGGUUAGGUUUCAAAAACCUGCCAGCCCAAACAAUCAAAGUUGUAUGUUCCAAUCAAUUACAAAGAAUACAAGUAUUGCAAUUGUAUGAUUGCAACGGUGUAAGAAGUAUGGAGGAAUUAGAUGAUAAGAUGGGGUUUAAUUGUUUGGAGUCUCUUAGUAUAUGCGGAUGCAAUGAGGUGGAAUAUCUCUGGCCCACUCAUCCCAUUUCGGUCCUUGCAAAAUCUUCACAGCUGGCUGUCUUCACUAAUUUGGAGAAAUUACAUAUUGAAUCCAUGCAAGUCCUGAGAGGAAUAAUCUGUCCUGCAGCUGACCAGUCCUUGGCCAAACUUAAAUAUUUAUAUGUGCGUAGAUGCCCUGGGUUACUCAAUAUUGUCACCCCCAACUUACACCAGAGCUUGCAAAAGUUAGAAACGCUUGAGGUAAAAGAGUGUAUGAAUAUGGAGGUGAUAUUCCAGUUUGAUCAAGGGCUCCUUUCUGAUGAUCGUCAUCAAGGUCAAGCUGAAGCAGUUCCAAUUGUGCUGAGUUAUGGUUUAUUAAAUUAUUUGAAAUUGAGAUCACUACCGAAAUUAACAAGCAUAUGGAAUGGCUCCCCUCAGCUUCUCAUGAAUUUUCCUGCCCUAAAUACCCUUGACCUGGAUGGUUGCCAAAGUUUGAGAAGCAUCUUUUCAUGCCCAAGUUUAAAAUGCCUU